CUUGCUCCUUACUUCUACACUACAACACAAACUUGCUUGAACUUCUUGUCUCCCUUCAUUCUGCUUUUUCUUUCUUUAAUCCAUCCAUAUUCAUAUCAAAAACUAAUAGCAAUGCAAGCAGUAGGUAAUACUCUACAAACUUCUGCUCAAACAAUGAGAUUGUUUGAAACAACACUUAUGAAACAUCAUCAACAGAACAUACCAAGUCAAUUUAUAUGGCCAGAUCAUGAAAAGCCAUGCUUACAAAAACCAACUGAGUUGGAGAUUCCCCCCAUUGAUCUUGAGGGUUUCCUUUCUGGAGACUCAGUUGCAGUUUCAAAAGCAACUAAGCUUGUGAAUGAAGCAUGCAAAACGCAUGGAUUCUUUUUAGUUGUUAAUCACUCUAUUGAUUAUAAGCUUUUAGCUAAAGCUCAUGAAGCUAUGGAUUUCUUUUUCGGUUUGCCUUUUAAUCAAAAACAAAAAGCUCUUAGAAAACCUGGUGAUCAUUGUGGGUAUUUUAGCAGUUUUGCUGGAAGAUUUACCACUAAAUUGCCUUGGAAAGAAACUCUUUCUUUUCGUUAUUCUGAUGAUCUUAGUGAAUCUAAUUUGGUACAAAACUACAUAGUGAACGUUAUGGGGGAUGAAUUUCAUGAAUUUGGGAGGGUGUACCAAGAAUAUUGUAACGCAAUGAGUAACCUAUCACUUGGGAUCAUGGAGUUGUUAGGAAUGAGUCUAGGAGUUGGAAGAAAGUAUUUUAGAGAAUUCUUUGAAGGAAAUGAGUCAAUAAUGAGAUUAAAUUAUUAUCCAAUUUGUGAAAAACCAGAAUUAACACUCGGAACAGGACCUCAUAGUGAUCCCACCUCGUUGACCAUUCUUCAUCAAUAUCAUGUUGGUGGCCUUCAAGUAUUUGUUGACCAAAAAUGGUACUCCAUUCGUCCCAAUCCUCAAGCUUUUGUCGUCAAUAUUGGUGAUACUUUCAUGGCAUUGUCAAAUGGAGUAUAUAGGAGUUGUCUACAUAGAGCAGUGGUAAAUAGUGAAAGUCCAAGAAAAUCACUAGCAUUUUUCUUAUGUCCAAGAGGAGACAAAGUUGUUAAGCCACCAAGUAAAUUAGGGUCUCCAAGACUAUAUCAAGACUUUACAUGGCCACUUCUUCUAGAAUUUACUCAGAAACACUAUCGAGCCGACACAAAAACAUUUGAUUCUUUCAUAAACUGGCUUCAGAACAGAUCAUAAAUUCAAAAUAAUCAAACUGCUGAAGAUGAACAAUAGUAAAGGAUGAUUUAUUCAUGCGUUCUAUUUUGUAUGUAAGGUGAAGACAAAUAUUUGGAUUUUCUUGGUCCCACAAAAUCAAGAGAAUCAUGAUUAUGUAACUGAUGAUCAAGCAAUAAACAUAUGCAUCAUUAGUCAUACUAUCUUAAACUUUUUACUAUUUAUUUUUGUAACUUGAUUUAUUACAUAUAGUUAUAUAUUUAAAAAUAAAAUUUAGGCUAUUUCCCUACUAA